AAAUGCUAGUGGCGGUCGCAUGUCCGUCGUGAAAUUUUACCUAAAAUCACUCCAAAACAGGAACUUUGGCCGUAGAAGGGGCUGUACAAGCCUCCCUAGGUAUAUAUUACCUUCAACUACUCCAAAAUGAAUCGAAAAUUGCCAGCCGUUAAACGAUAGAAGCCAAGCAAAGACGACCUAUGCAAACAAGAGAGAGCACGCCAUCAGGAACAAGCUCUCUAAAGAAUCGGGCUGUGAGUUAUGGAGGAUGGGAAUGGAAAAUGUCUUUUGGAUGUGAUAAGCGAUCCUUCAGCUCUGAAUGAAUUCUUACUGAGUAAUAAUCAGAUUUUGAUCGAUGGAGAUCCAAGUCCACCUAAGACACAACCAUUGCAGGAUGCUAAUGUACAAAGGACCAUUCAGGCUUUUACUUCACACUCUAACRUCCCAGCUGGAAAUACAACACAACACGUAGUGAACAGUAAAACUCCUGCGUCUUUUGUAAACUCAAGUACAUCACAAGCUGUGAGAAAUGUAAAUGGGUCGUCUUCAAAUCUAACAAAUUCUCCUCGACAAGUAACUAUAGCCAAGUCGAGCUCACCUAUAAAUAACUUGACUAAUGUGGCAAAGGGAAUUGCAAUUUCUCCUGUAUCUUACCAAAGCAAAAAGCCAAUACCUAUCCAGCCAAAAAACCCGGUUAUAUUACCAAACACAUCGAUUCAAAGUGGUAUUAAUGUGCAUGGUAGUGUCCAUCAUGUGUCUCAGACACCCACUUCAUUGAUGUCAAACCAGACACAUACGUCAAUUAURCCCAACCAGUUACAAAUGACUCAGGCUGGUGUUUUAUCAAGAGGUCWUGCUCAAAAAAGUAUAAAUGGAAUAGAUACAUCAAAAACUAGAAUAACUCCUUUACAAUCAAGUAGAACUACACAACCUACUAUACUUGCURCACCUCCAAAAAGAAUAGCUCCCAAAAAGGUAAUCUCACCUUCAACAAAUGCUUCACUUGCUAUGACCUCUCCUGUCAGACUUCAACAAGCAAAUAUUCAAAACACACAAAAUGUUCAAUUAGCAACACAGUUGAUUCAAGCUCCUGUUGUACCGAGCACUACAAGCAAUGCAAGUAAACUUUUUCCCCAGCAACUUACUCCCGGCGUGAGACCGUUGAUUAGCAGUAAUCAUGGCACAACUAUUGCAACUUCUACGCCRCAGCCUGUGCAGCAGAUUCAACAGCUAAUCAAUGAUAAGUUGUCUGUUCAGCAAACACAGUCACCCAGCACUGGUCAAGUACAACAAAAGGUUUUUACACAAGCUCAACUUCAAACAGCUUUAAAACAAAGUCAACUUAUUGCUCAAAGCUCACCUGGACAACCACAAAAUAUUUUAGUGCAACAACAAAUAUUGAAACAGUUAAUUCAACAAGCACAACAGCUUCAGCAACAAAAGCAACUGGAUAAAACAGUUAAUGUGAAUGUACAACCUAUUUCUACAAAUACACCAGGAGUAAUUCCCUUACAACAACCAACUCAAGUGGUAAAGCAAACUGUUCAAACUACUCUACCACAGCAAGUAACAGUAGCUAAUCAAAUUCCUGGAAAUAGUCAAAUUCAAAUGGUGCUACCAAAUAARCAAGUUGUCACUCUUACUCCAAACACUUCAAAUCAACAAACUGUGAAUGUUGCUCAAAACAUGCCUCAAGUAGUAAAAACAACACAAAACUUAACCAGUAAAGGGCAACCAAUGAUCAUUGUAAGCCAAGCAGGUGGUAAUUUUGUUUUACAGCAAAAUGUACAGCCAUCUAAUGCAGGGUUAACAACCACAGCAACUGUAAAUAUACCCCUACAAAACAUACUACAACAAAAACAACUUACUACACCUUCUAUCCAACAACCAACGCAGCAACAGGUGAAGACGUCUGGUAAUACUAUACUUCAAGUACAACAAGCCAAACAAAUAACACAACCAGCUGUCCUUGUGCAAAAUCAAGGUAUUCAAAGACAGACUGUUACUCCUAUUAAACAGGGGAACACUCAACAAAAUGUUGUUAUUCAAGCAAAACCUGGUGUUAUACCAACACAAGGUGGAACUACAAUACAACAGUUAACACCAGCUCAGCUACAGCAGUUACAAAGCUCUGGUGGUGUUCAAAAGGUUUUGAUUAUUAAACAACCAGAGGUUCUUCARAAACUAACCACUGUUCAAGGAGGGAAAUCUCCACAAGCAAUUCAAAUUACAACUCAACAACUACAAGCACUACAACAAAUGCAGAAUCAGCAGACUUCUACUGCUCAAAAAAUUAUUAUUCAAAGCAAAACAGAUGGAAAUAAUCAAGCUACAACCAUAAUUACAGCACAACAACUCAAGCAAUUGCAGCAGAGCCUCCAGCAACAGGUUGGGGGCAACAAGAUUAUACAAAUACCACAAAAACAGACCCUUGUACAGCAACAGAAUGCCAAGACACCAGCCAAGAUGGCUCAUGUACCCAGGAUAUUACAGACGUCAGGACGGCAAGUGUCAAGUCAGGGUACAUCAAAGACAGUACCAGUAAAACAGGAACCCAGCAGAGGUGUAAAAAGACCCCAUGCAGAAACACCCGAACCUCCCAAAGUUGUAAGAAGACUAAAGACUGCUCUCUAUCAGGACCACCAAGCUGUCACUCACCCUGAUAUACAUACGCCAUUUAAGUCCAAAUUGGAUGCUGUCAAUAAAUUACGUUCAUACCAUGUAUAUCACGACCCUGGUCAAACGCCAAAUGACAUACAAAAGUCUGAACUGCUGUUCCACACAGUAUCAACACAAUUAAUUAAAAAGAGUGAGAAAAUGAUGGAAAAAUACAGAAGUCUUGUCCUAGAUGAAAGCAUGCGAAAAGAGCCUUCAUCUGAAAUGGUGAUGCUUUACCGACUGUUUUUGGCUGAUGAAAGGGCUGCUUUAGCACAAGACAAGCGCCAAAUGGCAGAAGAGUUAAAAGCACUAAGAUCAGCUCCAAAGAUUCCUCUUCCUCCUUCUACAACUAUAACAAACACCACAACAAAUAUAGUUGAAAAACCUUUAGAAAAACCACAACCUACUAUAACUAAACCUAUCACACCU